AUUUUUCAUUUAUUACACCACCAAAUAUUCGACCAACGCACCCUGCCCCAUUCUCGCUGAAUCAUUUGGUAUUUACUCUGCCACUGACACUCCCCCUCCCCUCCCCUCCCCUCCCCGUGAAAAAGCUUGACCAUCUUCUCUCGCAAGUUGCAAACACAAGCAUGUCCCACCCAUCGCCCAUCAUCACUAACCGGUCACCGCCCUCCGCCCCAUCUCCGCCUUCGUCCGCCACCGCCGCGUACCACUGAGCCGAUCCCCAUGGCGUCCCAAGACUCCCAACCAUUCCACUGGCGCUACAACGAGUUCGACGACCGCAACUUCCAAAUCCGGGGCCGAACUCUGUUCCUCGUCGUCAUCUUCUUCUCUGUCAUCCUCCUCGUUAUGCUCCUCUUCCUCUACGCCCGGAAGGUCUGCCGCUUCCGGCGCCUCCCCGCCGGCGGUGGGGUUUCCGUCCCGCCGCUCCCGGUGCGCGGACUCGAUCCCGCCGCCAUCGAUGGUUUGCCGAUAAUUUUGCACGGAUCGUCUCCAACCAAGCCCGCACGGACGGGGGAAAUUGCUGAGUGCUGUAUAUGUCUCAGUACGUAUCAGGACGGCGACAAAGUUAAGGUUUUGCCCGAAUGUUGCCACUCCUACCAUUGCGAGUGCGUCGACAGGUGGCUCAAGACCCAGCCGAGUUGCCCGCUCUGCCGAUCUUCGCUCCGAGCCGCCGAGCCUCCCGAUUCGGCCGUUCCCCGAACCCCAGCAGAAUUGUCCAGCUCAUAAGCAGCAGCUAGCGACCCUAGCGCGAUAUAUUUUGAAUUUUCUGGGAUUAAUUUAUUCCGAGUGCUGUCUAUUUUGUGUGUAUGAGUUCUGUAAAUUCCCGUAAAGAAAAAGAAUCGAGCCAAUUUGUUAUUGCUUGAAUUUUAUAAGAACUUUUUGUUUUUGUUA